AUGGAUUCUUCACAAUCACAAUACUCCCACUCUGCUUCUGGUUCUGUUUCUCGUUCUGGUACUGCUUCUCAUUCUCGUUCUGAGAAUGGUUCCGAUUCUCGUUCUCUCUCUCGCUCUAGUUCUGGUUCUGGUUCUGGUUCUGAUUCUGAGUCUAUGUCUAUGUCGUCAUCGGAUGCGGGUUCUAAUUCUGCAAGAACAUCCAGCCCUUCCGCCGUAAACAACCCACUGGAACAGCAUCCACAAAGUGAAAGUUCAGGCAGCUUGAAAACGAUCACCUCUGCAGACUUCGAACCAGAGGAAGAAGAGAAUGUCGAUCCAAUGAAUCAAUCUACGCCAAGUGAAGAGCAUCAUGAAACCGCAUCAUCAACUGCAAAAGAAAACGCGGAGGAUAACACCACCACCAGCCACGGCAAACAGAGGGGAGCGGAGGAGAUAGAAGAGGAAGUGGAUAAAAAAGUAAGCCAAUUGUACGAAAACUACAUAAAGCUGUUAGACAAGAAGGCAGAAGCUCCGACGGACCCUAUUGACAUCGAAAUCUUUCGACAAUCGUCAUGGAUUUGGGGUGAUGCGGCAGCUAAUUCAAGCGAUGAUGAUGAAGAUUCGUUAGACAAAAAAACUUCGAAUGAUCUUAAAGAUUCAUCUAAACAAGAAACUGGGGAUGAUGAUAUGAGAGAUCCAAUAGAUUCUUCUAAACAAGAAAUCGGAGAUGGUGAUUUGAAAGAUCCAAAAGGUUGGCGUAAACAAGAAAAUGGGGAUGAUGAUAUUAAAGACUCAAAGGGUUUAUCUAGACAAGGAACUGCUGGAGAUGUUAAUAUGAAAGAUUCAGAUCAAGAUUUUCCUAAAGAAACGGGCGAUGAUCACAAAGGUGGGAUUAGUACUGGUCAUGAUUGGAAAGAUUCGUCGGGGAACGACGGUGGGCCUUCUGCUUCAUAG